CAUAACUUCAGUGAAUGAACGCUGCUGUUUUCUAGGCCUUUCUUCCUGGGACUGAGAAAAUACUUCCAACAAACACCCUAGCCCAGAGGAAGCGCCAGGAGUGCACCGCUUCAGCUUGCAGCCCCGGUGUCAGCUUAUGUGUGUGACCGUCUCGUGAAACCUGAUUUCGGGGGACGACGCGCAGCAAUGGCCCGUAUGGGAAAAUCUGCUACACUGGAGUACUAUAAGGCAGCCAUGCUACUGAGUGGUGCUGGUGAUGCUAUUGGAUACAGAAACCAGCUGUGGGAGUACAAUGAGUCCGGACCAGCUAUUCACCAGGAGCUGAAGGAGCUCGGUGGUCUGAAGAACAUCAAGGCUGAGCUCCCUGACUGGCCAGUGAGUGACGACACAGUUCUGCAUCUGGCAACUGCUGAAGGACUGACGAGUGGCAAGAGAGGGGAGGAGCUCCUGCAUGAGGUGGCUGCUCGAUAUGUGGAGGGGAUGAAAGACAUGGAAGGGAGGAAACCAGGGCCUUCAAGCAUUCUGGGUGUGUCCCAGUUGAAGCCUGGGGAGGAAGGAGGCUACAGAGUGCCUUAUAACCCUGAGGGGACGGGCUGUGGAGCGGCCAUGAGGUCUAUGUGCAUUGGUCUGAUGUAUCCAAAGCCUGAUCAGCUGUUAUCGCUGGUGGCGGUUGCCGUGGAGACAGGGAGGAUGACCCAUCCCCACCCUACCGGUUUCCUGGGAGCCGUAGCAUCAGCCCUUUUCACCGCCUACGCCGUCCAGCGCAGGCCAAUCACGACCUGGGGUCUGGGCCUGAUCAACGAGGCCUGUCCAAUAGCAAAGAACUUCGUUGUAGGUCGAGGCUUCGCUGUGGAGGAGACAGAGAGAGACUGGGGCUACUUCUGUGACAAGUGGCAGUGGUACCUGGAUUUGAGGGGCAUCUCCAACGGGGUGGGCCCUGUGAUUUGGCCCCCCUCCUACGACCCAGCUGAGAGGGACGAAGCCUACAAGAGCUUCAGCCUGUCGGGCUGGGCGGGACGCAGCGGCCACGACGCUCCGAUGAUAGCCUACGAUGCCCUGCUGGGGGCGGGUUCAGACUGGGAGGAGCUGAUGAACAGAGCGGGCUUCCAUGGAGGCGACAGCGACAGCACAGCGGUGAUUGCCUGCUGCUGCUGGGGCCUCCUCAAUGGCACACAGGGGGUCCCUGAAGGCAACUACUCCAACCUGGAGUACAGGGACCGACUGGAGCGCAGCGCCGAGCAGCUCUAUGCCCUGUCACACUGAGGCCAUCAAAACCUGCCGUGCUGAAAGUGUGUGUCCCAACAUGUUGCACUGGGAGGAAAGUAGGCCACACACUGACACAUUGACGAUCUUGAGCGCUGUCACUUAACCACAAAGUGUGGUGUCAUACUUGCCUGAAGGGGAAGCAGAGUGUCCCACUAACCUAAAGUCAUAUCAAGGACUGAUGUUGGCACCGAGGUUGGUGGUUACAAAGGGGUCCCCCUAGUGACCGUUUUAAAUUAACAUGCAGAGUUGUACCACUGAGCACAACGAAUCCAAGCUAAUGAGAAUGUGAAGAGAACACAAUAAGUCCCCUAGGAGAUAAUUACUUCGUUUUGUCUGCCUGACAUAAUAGCAAAUGCUUAGCGAGCUUCAAAUUAAAAGUGCUCUUGUUAUUGUCUAAUGAAAAAUAUAUUUCUGUGCCUCAUUAUAGCUGUUAACUGUUACUUCAUGCAGAGAAGAGCAUAACUGUAACUGCAAUACUCCAGACAAGCACAAUUAAUCAUACAAUAAAUUAUACAAACAGA